UGUGAGCCGGCGAGGGAGCCCCGCUCGGCGCGGGGGGCGCCCGGCCCCCUCCCCGCCCCAUGCGCCCGCGGCUCUGAAGCCUGAGCGGGGCCGGGGGCCGGGCGGGGCCGGGGCCGCCGGAGGCAUGGCGGCCGGGAGCCCGUGGCGGCCGCCGUCGCCGCCGCCGCUGCUGCUGCUGUUGCUGCUGCUGACGCUGGCGGCGGGCGCGGGCGGCCUGGAGUUCGGCGGCGGCCCCGGGCAGUGGGCUCGCUACGCGCGCUGGGCCGGCGCGGCGAGCAGCGGCGAGCUCAGCUUCAGCCUGCGCACCAACGCCACGCGCGCGCUGCUGCUCUACCUGGACGACGGUGGCGACUGCGACUUCCUGGAGCUGCUGCUGGUGGACGGGCGCCUGCGGCUGCGCUUCACGCUCUCGUGCGCCGAGCCGGCCACGCUGCAGCUGGACACGCCGGUGGCCGACGACCGCUGGCACAUGGUGCUGCUGACCCGCGACGCGCGCCGCACGGCGCUGGCGGUGGACGGCGAGGCCCGCGCCGCCGAGGUGCGCUCCAAGCGGCGUGAGAUGCAGGUGGCCAGCGACCUGUUCGUGGGCGGCAUCCCGCCCGACGUGCGCCUCUCGGCGCUCACCCUCAGCACCGUCAAGUACGAGCCGCCCUUCCGCGGCCUCCUGGCCAACCUGAAGCUGGGCGAGCGGCCUCCCGCGCUCCUGGGCAGCCAGGGCCUGCGCGGCGCCGCCGCGGACCCACUGUGCGCGCCUGCGCGCAACCCCUGUGCCAAUGGCGGUCUCUGCACGGUGCUGGCCCCCGGCGAGGUGGGCUGCGACUGCAGCCACACGGGCUUCGGCGGCAAGUUCUGCAGCGAAGAGGAGCACCCCGUGGAAGGUCCGGCUCACCUGACGUUAAACAGCGAAGUAGGGUCCUUACUGUUCUCCGAGGGGGGGGCCGGGAGAGGAGGAGCCGGCGAUGUGCACCAGCCAACGAAAGGCAAGGAGGAGUUUGUGGCGACCUUCAAAGGAAACGAGUUCUUCUGCUACGACCUGUCCCACAACCCCAUCCAGAGCAGCACGGACGAGAUCACGCUGGCCUUCCGCACCCUGCAGCGCAACGGGCUGAUGUUGCACACGGGCAAGUCGGCCGACUAUGUCAACCUGUCCCUCAAGUCCGGGGCCGUCUGGCUGGUCAUCAACCUGGGCUCAGGAGCCUUCGAGGCCCUUGUGGAACCUGUCAACGGCAAGUUCAACGACAACGCCUGGCACGACGUCCGGGUCACCCGAAACCUGCGCCAGGUGACCAUCUCAGUGGACGGGAUCCUGACCACCACAGGCUACACGCAGGAGGAUUACACCAUGCUGGGCUCUGAUGACUUCUUCUACAUUGGGGGCAGUCCCAACACGGCUGACCUACCGGGCUCACCCGUCAGCAACAACUUUAUGGGCUGCCUGAAGGACGUGGUCUAUAAGAAUAAUGACUUCAAGCUGGAACUGUCUCGCCUGGCAAAGGAAGGGGACCCCAAGAUGAAGCUGCAGGGGGACCUGUCAUUCCGCUGUGAGGAUGUGGCUGCCCUGGACCCCGUGACCUUUGAGAGUCCUGAGGCUUUUGUGGCGCUGCCCCGCUGGAGUGCCAGACGCACCAGCUCCAUCUCCCUAGACUUCCGUACCACUGAGCCCAACGGGCUGCUGCUCUUCAGCCAGGGCCGGCGGGCCGGGGCCGGGGCCGGCAGCCACAGCUCUGCCCAGCGGGCCGACUACUUUGCCAUGGAGCUGUUGGAUGGCUACCUCUACCUGCUGCUGGACAUGGGCUCUGGGGGCAUCAAGCUGCGGGCAUCUAGCCGCAAGGUCAACGAUGGCGAGUGGUGCCACGUGGACUUCCAAAGGGACGGGCGCAAAGGCUCCAUCUCGGUGAACAGCCGCAGCACGCCCUUCUUGGCCACCGGGGAGAGUGAGAUUCUGGACCUGGAGAGCGAGCUGUACCUGGGCGGUCUCCCUGAGGGGGGGCGGGUGGACCUGCCCCUGCCCCCGGAGGUGUGGACGGCGGCGCUCCGGGCUGGCUACGUGGGCUGUGUGCGGGACCUCUUCAUAGACGGGCGCAGCCGAGAUCUUCGGGGCCUGGCCGAAGCUCAGGGGGCGGUGGGCAUCGCCCCCUUCUGCUCCCGGGAGACACUGAAGCAGUGUGCGUCUGCCCCCUGCCGCAACGGGGGCAUCUGUCGAGAGGGCUGGAACCGCUUCGUCUGUGACUGCAUUGGGACCGGCUUUCUGGGGCGGGUCUGUGAGAGAGAGGCCACGGUCCUGAGCUACGAUGGCUCCAUGUACAUGAAGAUCAUGCUGCCGAACGCCAUGCACACGGAGGCAGAGGAUGUGUCCCUGCGCUUCAUGUCCCAGCGGGCCUACGGGCUAAUGAUGGCCACCACCUCCAGGGAGUCAGCCGACACCCUGCGCCUCGAGCUGGACGGGGGCCAGAUGAAGCUCACUGUCAACCUCGACUGCCUGCGCGUCGGCUGCGCACCCAGUAAAGGCCCUGAGACGCUCUUUGCGGGACACAAGCUCAAUGACAACGAGUGGCACACGGUGAGGGUGGUGCGGCGUGGCAAGAGCCUGCAGCUGUCUGUGGACAACGUCACCGUGGAGGGACAGAUGGCGGGAGCCCACACGCGGCUAGAGUUCCACAACAUUGAGACGGGCAUCAUGACGGAGCGGCGUUUCAUCUCCGUGGUGCCCUCCAACUUCAUCGGGCACCUGAGCGGGCUGGUGUUCAACGGCCAGCCCUACAUGGACCAGUGCAAGGACGGUGACAUCACCUACUGCGAGCUCAACGCCCGCUUCGGCCUGCGGGCCAUCGUGGCCGAUCCUGUCACCUUCAAGAGUCGCAGCAGCUACCUGGCGCUCGCCACGCUCCAAGCCUACGCUUCCAUGCACCUCUUCUUCCAGUUCAAGACCACGGCCCCCGAUGGGCUCCUCCUGUUCAACUCGGGCAACGGCAAUGACUUCAUUGUCAUCGAGCUGGUCAAGGGGUACAUCCACUACGUGUUUGACCUGGGGAAUGGCCCGUCCUUGAUGAAGGGGAACUCAGACAAGCCAGUCAAUGACAACCAGUGGCACAACGUGGUGGUGUCCAGGGACCCAGGCAACGUGCACACGCUCAAGAUCGACUCCCGCACGGUCACGCAGCACUCCAAUGGCGCCCGAAACCUCGAUCUCAAAGGGGAGUUGUACAUUGGUGGUCUGAGCAAGAACAUGUUCAGCAACCUGCCCAAGCUGGUGGCCUCCCGGGAUGGCUUUCAGGGCUGCCUGGCCUCGGUGGACCUCAACGGACGCCUCCCAGACCUCAUCGCCGACGCCCUGCACCGCAUCGGGCAGGUGGAGAGGGGCUGUGACGGCCCCAGCACCACCUGCACCGAAGAGUCCUGUGCCAACCAGGGUGUCUGCUUGCAGCAGUGGGAUGGCUUCACCUGUGACUGCACCAUGACUUCCUACGGAGGCCCUGUCUGCAAUGACCCCGGGACCACAUACAUCUUUGGGAAGGGGGGAGCGCUCAUCACCUACACGUGGCCCCCCAAUGACCGGCCCAGCACGAGGAUGGACCGCCUGGCCGUGGGCUUCAGCACGCACCAGCGGAGUGCUGUGCUGGUGCGGGUGGACAGUGCCUCGGGCCUCGGAGACUAUCUGCAGCUGCACAUCGACCAGGGCACCGUGGGGGUGAUCUUUAACGUGGGCACGGACGACAUUACCAUCGACGAGCCCAACGCCAUCGUGAGCGACGGCAAAUACCACGUGGUGCGCUUCACUCGAAGUGGCGGCAACGCCACCCUGCAGGUGGACAGCUGGCCGGUCAAUGAGCGGUACCCGGCAGGAAACUUUGAUAACGAGCGCCUGGCGAUUGCUAGACAGAGAAUCCCCUACCGGCUUGGUCGAGUAGUAGAUGAGUGGCUGCUCGACAAAGGCCGCCAGCUGACCAUCUUCAACAGCCAGGCUGCCAUCAAGAUCGGGGGCCGGGACCAGGGCCGUCCCUUCCAGGGCCAGGUGUCCGGCCUCUACUACAAUGGGCUCAAGGUGCUGGCGCUGGCCGCCGAGAGCGACCCCAAUGUGCGGACCGAGGGCCACCUGCGCCUGGUGGGGGAGGGGCCGUCCGUGCUGCUCAGCGCGGAGACCACGGCCACCACCCUGCUGGCCGACAUGGCCACCACCAUCAUGGAGACCACCACCACCAUGGCCACCACUACCACGCGCCGGGGCCGCUCCCCCACACUGAGGGACAGCACCACCCAGAACACAGAUGACCUCUUGGUGGCCUCGGCUGAGUGUCCGAGUGAUGACGAGGACCUGGAGGAGUGUGAGCCCAGUACUGGAGGAGAGUUAAUAUUGCCCAUUAUCACGGAGGACUCCUUAGACCCCCCUCCCGUGGCCACCCGAUCCCCCUUCGUGCCCCCACCCCCCACCUUCUAUCCCUUCCUCACGGGCGUGGGCGCCACCCAAGACACCUUGCCCCCACCCGCGGCCCGCCGCCCGCCCGCCGGGGGCCCGUGCCAGGCCGAGCAGGACGACAGCGACUGCGAAGAGCCCAUCGAGGCCUCGGGCUUUGCGUCCGGGGAGGUCUUUGACUCCAGCCUCCCCCCCACGGACGACGAGGACUUUUACACCACCUUUCCCCUGGUCACGGACCGCACCACCCUCCUCUCACCCCGCAAACCCGCUCCCCGGCCCCACCUCAGGACAGAUGGGGCCACGGGCGCCCCCGGGGUGCUGCUGGCCCCCUCCGCCCCGGCCCCCAACCUGCCCGCGGGCAAAAUGAACCACCGAGACCCGCUGCAGCCCUUGCUGGAGAACCCGCCCCUGGGGCCUGGGGCCCCCACGUCCUUCGAGCCGCGGAGGCCCCCGCCCCUGCGCCCGGGCGUGACCUCCGCCCCCGGCUUCCCCCAUCUGCCCACAGCCAACCCCACGGGGCCCGGGGAGCGGGGCCCGCCCGGCGCGGUGGAGGUGAUCCGGGAGUCCAGCAGCACCACGGGCAUGGUGGUGGGCAUCGUGGCGGCCGCGGCGCUCUGCAUCCUCAUCCUCCUCUACGCCAUGUACAAGUACCGCAACCGCGACGAGGGCUCCUACCAGGUGGACCAGAGCCGGAACUACAUCAGUAACUCGGCCCAGAGCAAUGGGGCCGUGGUCAAAGAGAAGGCCCCGGCCGCUCCCAAGACGCCCAGCAAGGCCAAGAAGAACAAAGACAAGGAGUACUACGUGUGAGCCCCGGCACCGCGCCCCACUGCCAGCUGCCCCUCCCGGGACGGCCCCGGGAGGCGGGUGCGGCCCUCUCCCCGCCGGGGGCUCUGGGGACCCGCUCCCUGGCUGCCUCAGACUUCUCUCACGAAGAGGAAACGCAAAAAAAAAAAAAAAAAAAAAAAAAAAAAAAAAAAGGAAAAAAAAAAGAAAGAAAAGAAAAAGAGGGAAGAAAGAAAGAAAAAAAGAAAGAAGGAAAAAAGAAAAACAGAAAAGGAAACCCCGUGCUCGUCCCCUUCCUCCUGCCGUCGGGUGCGGCGGCACCGUCAGUCCCGGGGGCUGUCUGUCCCUCUCAGCCCUGCGCCUGCCGGGCAGGGCACGUGCUCACAGCCCUGGGUUGAUUUAUUUUUUUAAGGGGGGGGGGUAGUUUUAUUUUGGUGGGGUUGGGCGGGAAGGAAGGCUGGGGGUUUUGUAAAGUGUCCACUCCCCGUCCUGUUUAAUUUCCCGCAAUUUUUCUUCUGCCCUCUGUCCCUCCUGCCUUCCUUCUCCUCCCAAGCCCUCCGGCCCCCGUCCCAGGCUUGCCGUGUCUCUCGGUCCCCACCCUCCCUCUCUCCACUUCUUUUCUCGUGUGUCUGGUUUCUCCCUUCCUUUCCUACCCUUGGGUUUCCUGAGUCGGUGGGAGAAGGGCGGGCGGGGGGGCCGAGCGG